AUGGAAAACCGCGACUUCAAUUUCGUGAUACCUGCUGGUACCCUGGACAAAGUCGUGGUCAGUUCCUCAGCAGUGGAUGAGACCAGGACGCUGAAGCAGCAGCUGAAUGACUGGCUCAAGACAGUGCUCGAAAAGAUGGAUGGUGUGGCCCAAGCGGCCCAGUCUGAGGUAAAGCGCGCUUGCACGGACCUGUUGCAGAAGCAGGAGCACGCUUUUAGCGAGGUCAACCAUUUGAAGAUCGAGGUUUUGGGCACUGUUGCUUCACGUGCAACUGACCAUGAAAACGAGAUUCGGGAAGUCAGACAGGCUAUGGACAGCCUUGCUAGCAAGACUGAAAUGCGAGCUGGAAUGAAGAACAUCACCGACAAGAUCGCAGAGAUCAUGGCGACGCUUGCCCAGCAGGCAGACUUGCUACUGGAAUGGCAGCAGCCAUUGACCAGCGCACUGGAUCGGAACCAGGCCGAUCUUACAUCACAACUGGCUUGUUUGUAUUCCACUCAGAUGCAGCAUUUCCAGAAGCUGUCAUUGCAGCUGGACCGGCAAACUGAAAAGGCCGAUGCAUUAGAGAUCCAGACGGGAAGAAACCACCAGGAGUUGAAACUAGAGCUGGAGAAACACGCGCACUUGCUCUCACAGCUCAAAGAACAGUGCAACCAAGUCGAGCUCGAACAGCACAGGCAGCUGGAUACCAUGCUGGGCAGAUUUGAGGAUCAACAUGUGCAACUGUUGACCCAACUAACAGCACAGGCGGAGUGCUUGUCCACCGAACAGAAGCAGCUCAGCUCGGAUUCUCAUGAGCAGCUGACACAACGGUGCGACCAGAUCAUGUUUCACUUGGACCCCUUGAAAGAUCUCACAAAGCACUACGACAGAUUGCUGAGGGAACAGCGGCAGCAGUUCACCCCGGUGUUGGAGACACUUCACCAUCAGAACCAGGAGCUGCUGACUCAGCUGUCAACAGGCUUGGAUAGCCUAUCCGCAAGCCACCAACAGCUCAGUACAGAUUCCCUCACACAGGUGCAGCAAGUCCGUGACCAUUUGCUGCAUGAGCAACAUCAGCAGUUUGAUAACGUGAUUCAGCUCGCCCAGCACUGCGACCAAAUGCUGAGAGAACAGCAGCAACAGUUAGACCAGUUGGGCCCCCUUGCGACAGUGACACAACAUUGCGACCAAGCGCUUGAAGAGCAAAAGCAACAGCUCGACCAGCUUCUGAGCACUGUGCAGGAGCAGCACCAGGAGCUGCCCUCUCAGGUGGCAUCACAAGUUGAGAGCCAGUUCCAAAGUUUGUCGUCGGAGUGCAAGCAGCUCAACACUGACUCGGUUGCUGAUCUCAAGCAAAACUACGACCUGCUCUUGCAACAACUGGAUUCCACCUUCGGCACACGGCACAAUGAGAAUCAAGAGCUGCUGUCUCACCUGACGGUGCAGUUGGAUAAUUUGUUCGCAGAACACAAGCAGCUCAACAUCGACUCACUCGAUCAGCUUAGGCAGCAAUACGAACAACUGCGAGAGCAGCAACAACAGCAGCAACAGCAUCUGGAUCCCCUCUUGAGCACAAUACAAGAUCAGCGCCAAGAGCUAGUGAAACAGCUGGAAUCGCUUUUCGACGAGCAGCUGGAUUGCCUUGCCGAAGAACAAAAGCAAUUGAGCACCGAUUCGCAGAGGAAGCUCACAAAGCAGUGGGACCAACUGCUGAAGGAACAAGGGCAACAACUAGAUCGUUUGUUCAGCAAGCCGCAGGACCGACAUCAAGAGCUUUUGACACAGCUAAAGACCUCUGUGGAGCGUCUGUCAAAGGAACAGGCGCAGCUGAGAACUGACAUGCUCACGCAGCCGCUGCAGCGGCCACAGCGCGAGCCCGUGCUGAAUUCGUUUCAAGAUCAACUUGCCGGAACUUCUGGGCAAGGGCAGGCCACGACCCGACCAAUGGGCGCCGA